UAAGAUUGUCAAAAAGGUAUCCAUCAAAUGUCAAAUACUUACAUUUUAUAAAAUCUAAACAAAAAACGAAAAUGGCAGCGAAGCUGCCUCUUGGAAUAGUAACCCAUUCUCAAAAAGUGUGUAGUCUUUAUAAAAGGGCUUUACGUAAUUUAGAGUCGAUUUAUGAUGCACGCCAUGUAUACCGUUACCAAGCUGUGCUUAUGAGGGAACGUUUUGACAAGAAUGCUAAAAUCCCAGAUUUCCGUAAGGCUGUGAAACUUUUAGAAGAGGGUGAACAAGAGUUGUUCCUUAACCAACAUCCCUUACCCAAGAAAUUCCCGACUAGUCCUGGUGGUGUUGCCCACGAGAGAGUCGUGACCCCUCCUGAUUGGGUUCUCGACUAUUGGCAUCCGCUGGAAAAAGCUCAUUACCCUGAAUAUUUCAAGAAACGAGAGCUCCGAAAGAAAGAAUUUAUUGCAAUGUGGGAGAAAGAGUACGGCAAGCCUGACCCUAAAGAUCAGAACCAUCAUUAAUCAUUGUGAAUAGAUAUUUAGUAAAGUUACAGUAAUUUAA